CGGUGCUAAGGGAUGAGUGAGUCGGAGCUCGGCCUCUCCCCAGAACGUUCCCAGCAGCUUCGGUUCAGAACCAGCGAGGGAACCAGGAGCGAGGCUCACGAUCCCCCGGCAGGCAGGACUCCCGGGCUGCUGAGCGCUCCCGCGUGUGGGGCCCUCGGAGUCCCCGCGGCUGGAGAGGGGUCAGGACUCCAAAACACCAGGCGUGUCUGUGGGCUUCAGCUCCUGAGGCUUCCCGGGUCCCGCGCAGCGAGCCCCAGAGACGCGCUCCGCAGCAGGACCACCGCGGAACGAGAUCGAGAUUGAGAACCACUGCAACUACCACAAUGGGCAGCAAAACUUUGCCAGCCCCGGUGCCCAUCCACCCAUCCUUGCAGCUCACCAACUACUCUUUCCUCCAGGCAGUGAAUGGCCUUCCCACAGUGCCCUCGGACCACCUGCCCAAUCUGUAUGGUUUCAGUGCUCUGCACGCWGUGCACCUGCACCAGUGGACGCUAGGUUACCCAGCCAUGCAUCUGCCCCGCUCCUCUUUCUCCAAAGUACCGGGUGCAGUAUCCAGCCUGGUGGACGCGCGCUUCCAGCUGCCGGCCUUUCCUUGGUUCCCUCAUGUCAUCCAGCCCAAGCCAGAGAUCACCGCUGGAGGCAGCGGUCCAGCGCUCAAGACCAAGCCUCGCUUUGAUUUCGCCAACCUGGCCCUGGCCGCCACACAAGAAGAUCCCACUAAGCUUGCCCGAGGGGAGGGCCCAGGCUCCCCCGCAGGUGGGCUAGGUGCCCUCCUGGAUGUGACCAAGCUGUCCCCAGAAAAGAAGCCCACGAGGGGACGCCUGCCUUCCAAGACCAAGAAAGAAUUCGUCUGCAAGUUUUGUGGCCGCCACUUCACAAAGUCCUAUAACCUACUCAUCCAUGAGCGGACGCACACGGAUGAGCGGCCCUACACCUGUGACAUCUGCCACAAAGCCUUCCGGAGGCAAGACCACCUACGGGACCACAGAUACAUUCACUCCAAAGAGAAGCCUUUCAAAUGUCAAGAAUGUGGAAAGGGAUUCUGCCAGUCCAGGACUCUCGCUGUCCACAAGACGCUACACUCACAGGUGAAGGAGCUCAAAACCUCCAAGAUCAAAUGCUAAACAGCCUCUGGACCACCAGGACCCUGGCCACGCUGCCCCCUCCUCUGGAGGAACCCGAAGCUGAAGGCGACUCUGGCGGGCAGCGGGAGGGGCGCUUGGGACUUCCCCCCACCCCAACAAUGUCCCCUGGGUCCUCGGCACACGCGGCACUACAGAGUCCUGCCCGGGGCCAUGACCCUGACCGCCCGGGCGGCUCCCCCAGGACGCGGCUUAACUUUGGGCCAAAAGGAGGUACUCACGUGGCGGAAGGGAAACUGCAUUAAAAAAAGAACGAAAGCUCCGUGGAGACGCAGCGGCGCCUCUCCCAGAAGUAUUACUUUUUCUAUUGUUAUUUUAUACAUUUUCUUGAUUUUUUUUUCUUUGACCAUAUAAGCUUGUAACUCUUGACUGCGGAUAGGAGAGAGGAAAAAAGUUCUGCGCGCCCGCAACUUCUCACUCUUCCUCCAGUCCCCAUGCCCACCCUGGGAGCCUGCAAAAGUGUAAUCGGUGUAUCUGCUUCAGCCGCCCGGCCCCAGGGACCGCGGGGCCCGGAGCGCCGGCUCCCGCUGCUGCCUGCYGCGCAGCCGGCCGAGGGCUCCCGGACUCGAUGGUGGGGCAGGGAUCUCGCGCCCGGGGUCGGGAGGAGCCCGGCCGCGGUUCCCCUGCUCCACCGCCGCGUCACAGCGAGCGAGCAGCCGGCCAGGAGCCGGGCGUUGUAUUGCGACUGGCACUUUAUGCUGACCAUCGGUAACGGACAUUUAU